AUGGAUCGUGGCUUUGCAACCCGAUCCGCUUCAGCAGCAGGAAGCAAUGCUGGUGGAAAAUCUGAGGGCGUUGCUGCAGUCGGUUCAGGUGGAUUGGGGGUUGCCCGAUCGUUGGGUGUGGUGGAGAAAUCCUGCCGGGUUUUUGAUAAAAACUACUAUGAUGGGAUUGCAGAAUUUUGGUGUUACAGAAAGAAUUGGAAUUGGUGGUUGAUUCAUAUGCGUGUGUUGUUUGGCGCUCAAGAUAUUCUUGAUCUCGUCAAUGACGGUUACACGCCGGUUGCAGAAAAUGAAAUAGAAGUGCAAAGAUAUAUGCAACGUGAAACGAGGAAGAAUGAUCAGAAGGUGUUGUUAUAUAUCCAUCACUGUAUGGAUAUGAAGGUGUUUGAAAAGAUUGUUUAUUCGACGAAGGCGAAGUGGGUUACACUUGUGUGGUGCUAUGGUGGUGACACAUCAGUGAAAAACAUAAAGUUACAGUCCCUAUACAAGAAAUAUGAGAAUCUUAGCAUGAAGAACAAUGAGAAGGUUCCUGAUUACAUCUCCAAAGUGAUUGUGCUCACGAAUGAGAUGAAGUCUUGUGGAGCAACACUCUUUGAACAAAAGUCAGAACUCUCCAACUCAGAUGAGAAGAAACAUAAGAAUGUUCAUAAGGGAAAGGAGAAGUUUGAUAAGAGAAAGGUUCAGUGCUACAGUUGCAACAAGUUUGGCCAUUUUGUUGAUGAUUGUUGGUCAAACAAGGAUAGCAAGGGUGAAGAAGCCAUCAUAUCCAUAGGAGAUUUUGAUGAUGAACCUAUGUUAUUGAUGGAAUCUGAGAAUGUAAGUGUAACAAUGGUAGACUGGUGGUAUAUGGACAUUGGCUGCUCAAAUCACCUAACUAGAAACAAGCAAUGGAUGGUUGAUUUUGACUCUGGUAGAAAGACUAACAUUAGAUGUGUUGAUGACGAGUAUCUAAAUACUGAAGGAUUGGGAAAUGUUAGAGUUAAAUUGAACAAUGGAAAAAAUGUACUAAUUAAGGAUGUAUGGUAUGUUCGUGGCAUGAAAAUAAAACUGAUGGGUAUAGAUCAGCCGAUUGAAAAAGGUUUUUCAGUAACUAUGAAGGACAAUAUCUUGAAGUUGUAUGACUGUAAUCAAAACCUGAUUAUGCAGUAUAAAUUGGGAAGAAACGGGAUAUUUAAGGUGAAUGUUGCAACAUAA